AUGAAGGCUUCAGCCCUGCUAGAGCUGAUGCUCAAGGUAGCAGAGAAAGCCUCACUGAUCGCAAAAAUCAUCCGCAAGGAAAAGCCGCUUGUGGACCUCCUGAUAGAAGAGAAAUCUGGUCUAGAGAAGAACAGCCGAUUCUUCCAGGACUUUAAAACUUUGGCUGAUGUGUUGAUUCAAGAAACAGUUCGUCACUACAUCAGCCAACAGGUUCCUGAAAUGGGUUCUAGCAUCUAUGGAGAAGAAAGUAAUAAGUUCACAAAUGUAGUUGGGGACACAGUGGUUGUGGAGAUUUGUGAUACAUGUGACCAAACACAAGAACUACUCAAGACAGUGUUGAAUGGACACGAUGAAGCUGCCCGAUUGUUGGCCGAAGCUGUCCACUGUCAUUUAAACAACAUCUGUUUGACUACAGAUGCUGACCUCAGUGUGGACAUAGACACCAGUGACUGUGGUAUCUGGAUUGAUCCUAUUGACUCGACAGGCCAGUACAUCAAAGGGAAGAAGGGCAAGCUCAGCGAAUGUGGCCUGGUGGAGGAUGGGCUCCAGUGCGUGGCAAUUCUCAUUGGCUUGUUCCAGAAGUCCACAGGAAAACCAAUUCUUGGCGUAGCCGUGCAGCCAUUUGCAGAAUUUCAUAAAGAGACAAACAGCUGGAAGUCCAUAACUAUUUGGGGUAUAUGCUAUAAUGGUGUGAAGACAACGUCCCUGCAGGCGGCUGAACCCUCGGCACAGGGCAGGGGUAAGGUGUUGUUGAGCAGCAGUGAGUCGGAGCAUGUGAAGACAGCUCUGGCCACCAAGUUUGACCUAGUCUUUGCCUCAGGAGCCGGCUACAAGAUGCUGGCCACAGCUCUGGGCCUGGUCAAUGCUUAUGUACUGUCACAUCGCACUGUCUACAGAUGGGACUGUUGUGCUGUGCAUGCCAUCCUGCUAGCUCUCGGGGGUGGCAUUGUUAGCUACAAACAUGCUCUAGAAGCUCUCAGCCAGUCAGAAGAUCCCUUGACUGAAGACCAUCUCACCAAGUUACAGGUGCAGUACACGCGGGCCGGAGGAACCAUCAGCAACAGACGUGCUUCCAUCUGUGGGGGAACUGAGAGCCUGCCAGGCAUCGUUGCCUACAGGUCUAUACCUGACGUUGUUGCUGUGUUGGAACUACUCAGAGAGUGA